AUGGGGAUAAUCAGAGUUAUAGAUGGCAGUGAAAGGGUUAUUGGAUACAAAAUUGACAUUGGUUCAAUCGUUCGUUUUGUUUUAUCAUAUGGGUCUUACCCACACGAUGUAGAAGUCGAUACCAAUUACUCUGAGAACCCUUACAACGCAAAUACUUUUUAUUCUCUCAAGACAAAUUGUCCACCACACGUUUACCAAUUCAAAAGCGAAUUUCCCGUCACGAAGGCUGGUGUCUUCCAAUUCAGAAUAAAGAAAAUAACCGGCGAGGUACUGAAAACGGUUUACAUGAAUGUCUACCCACUUGUUACUUUUCCUUCUAAGAAGGUCCCAGUGUCUGGCUUGUCUGUGCAAACACAUAUCACACGGUUAAUGGGUCAACUUUCUGGGUGGGAGAGUCACUAUAAAACGAUGUCACAGUGUGGCUAUAACGCAGUUCAUUUAACUCCACUUCAACCGAUUGGGCCAAGUGGAAGUGCUUAUUCAUUGAUCCAACACUUAGACAUUGAGGACAGUCUUUUUGAUGAGAAGUUAGCAACAGAAGAGAAGAUCAAAAGAGUUGGAGAGACCAUCAAAACCCUUCGAAACAAAUACGAAAUUGCCUCGUUGGUGGAUGUCGUCUUAAGUCACGUUUCAAGCUAUUCUCCAAUGGUUAUUGAACACCCGGAGAUCUGUUACACCACUGAUAAUUGCCCUCAUCUUAAAGUAGGGUUUGCGUUUGACUCAUUGUUACAUCGGUGCAUUGAUGAUGUGAUUAACUCGGAUUAUAAAGACAACUUGGGCGUAUUUAAUCACCCCGACGAUGUCAACAAGUUCAUUGGAUACUUCAAAGAGAAGUACAUGAUACCCAUGCACUUCUGGUUGUACUAUGUCAUCAACGUAGAGAAGCACAAAGUGUUGUACACGCACUAUGAACAAUCAAAUCCACACGCGGAGAAAGGCAAAACCGGAUCACCAGAAGAGUUAGCGAAACGAAUGGAGAAAUUUGUGAGAUCUGAUGGGACGUAUGAGAAGGAUCAUAUCACGGUGCCUAUUGAAGAUGUGUACAAGCUUGUACCAACUCUUGAAGACUUUGUUAAAGCACUUGAUGUACUCAAUGUGGACAAUUACAGACAUUACGACAAUGAUGUGAAUGCCGCCAUUCAAAAUUGUGUCAACAACUUGAUGUACAGCUGCUUUGAUCCCCAUGGACCUCACUUGAAACGAUUUACUAAAGAAUCACAUAUUCUUCCUUACUACUUCCAAGUCAUCGAUGGCAUUAACUCGAAGAAUGAAAAAGUCCAUUUGGUUGCGGCGCACCACGGGUGGAUCUUUGGAGGCGACCCGUUCUUUGACUUUGUUGGGGACAAGUCGUCGAAAGUGUAUAUCAGAAGAGAGGCGAUAGUCUGGGAAGAUUCUUUGAAAUUGAAUUAUGGAUCGACAUAUAAAGGACAUGAGUAUAUUUGGGACCACAUGGCCGAGUAUGUUUGCUUGAAUGCAAAACUGUUUGAUGGACUUAGACUUGAUAACUGCCAUAGUGUGCCCCUUCCAGCACUCGAGUACAUAUUAAGCAAAGCUCGUGAGAUCAAUUCCGAGUUAGUUGUAUUGGCGGAGUUGUUUGCUGACAACGCAGACGCUGUUAUUCAAUAUGUAGUGAGAUGUGGUAUACAAGGGCUUGUGAAGGAAGCGUUAAGAGGGAAGAGCCCCAGUGAUUUGAAUGGCGUCGCAUAUCAAAGCAGUUGGUUUAAGCCUGUUGGAGGCAUCUUAGAAGAAAGUGUGUAUGAUGAACUCCCUGCAGAGGCGCAACCGAUGGAUGGGUGGACAUACGAUUUAACACAUGACAAUGAGCCACAUGAAGGGAAUAGAAACUCGAAUGACAGUUUGUCGACUUCAGCUGUAGUUGCGAUGACUAUAGGAACGACUGGAAGUGUUAGAGGGUAUGAUGAAUUGAUUCCAUUUAAGAUCGAUUGUGUCAGUGAGAGACGAUUCUAUAAGAAGUACGAGUGGAGUGAAGGACAGACUGUAGGGAUCUCUAAAGGGAAGUUUGAGUUGAACAAACUUCAUGAACGACUUGCUAUUGAAGGGUAUUCGGAGUUUUAUGGAGAGGUCUUUGGGAAUGUUCUUGUGAUGACACGAAGAAAUCCGAAGACACACAAAGCUGUUAUAAUGUAUGCACAUACCUCAUUUUUGGGAAACAAUUCUGUUGUUCCUGACACGAAGAAAUUUACUAUACCCGAUUAUAAACUCGACAAGUUCUUGUUCUUUGGAGCUUUGACGACGGGGAUGUUAAAUUUGAAUUUGAAUAAAGAAGCUGUGUUGUGCGGCAAUCAAUGCAUUUGUGACGUCUCAAGUGACUACGACGUCGUGUCCAAUUUCUUAACUGUGUCUGAGUCUGUCAACAAGUUUGAGAUUAACAUGACACAAUUCCCAGCAGGAAGCAUUGCAUGCUUCCAGGUGGAGUUAAUCACCCCACCAAAGCCAAAUUGGGAGAUCCCAAAAGUCACUUUGACGCCACAAGAACUUUGUGAGUUCUUCUUUGAAGUACCUGACGAAGUUGGGUUAAACAAGUUUGAACUGACGGAACACAACUUUCUUAAAUUUGUGGGGAUUGGUGGCGUUCUCCCACUGUUGGCGAAUGACUUGUCCCAGCCGAUCUAUGCGAAACUUCGCGAUGGAGUCCUUGAACACUUAAUACCUUAUUUGGUCCAAAAAUCGAAGACAAAUGCGCUUGGGAAGUAUUUAGAGACAGAACUGAAAGAAAUAGUGAAGUACCCGAAAUUUUUAAUUCCAAAGUACUUUGCAUGUGUCAUGAAGAAAGUCUAUCAGUCGUUGAUACAAAACACUUUUGAGUCGCAACUUGAGUUGACCUCGACACAAUUCUACUUGAAUUGCACAAGCGCACCGCUUGUUGCAGACGGGAUUAUUCCCGCCAAAUAUGGCAUUGACUCGGCGAGUUUGUGUGCUGGAAUGCCACACUUUUGUACGGGAUAUAUGAGGAAUUGGGGAAGAGACACUUUCAUAUCGCUUAGAGGCCUUUUGUUGAGAAAUGGGCGAUUUAAAGAAGCCGAGAACACGAUCCGGGGGUAUCUCUGUACGACACGACAUGGUCUUAUUCCGAAUCUUCUUGAUGGAUGCAAAAAUUCGCGAUACAAUGCAAGAGACGCGACAUGGUUCUGUAUGUCUGCUAUAGUUGAUUAUUGUGAAAUGGCGCCCCAUGGGGAAGAUAUAUUAGAAGCCACCAUUCUCCGAGUUGAAAGUUGCACAGAAGGAGUCACACGAAUUAACAAGAACAAAAAGAAGGAGAUGACGGUGGGUGAGUGUAUGCAAGAGAUCUUGAAGUCGCAUGCGAACGGGAUUCAUUUUAGAGAAAGGAAUGCGGGACCUCAAAUAGAUGCGGUGAUGACGAGUAAAGGGUUUGACAUCGAUAUCACUUUUGAUGUUGAGACUGGCUUAAUUUCUGGCGGGAAUGAGUCGAAUUGUGGGACUUGGAUGGAUAAGAUGGGGAGUUCUACGCGAGCGGGGAAUAGUGGAUAUCCUGGAUCAUCACGUGAUGGAGCUGAUGUUGAGAUACAAGGUCUCUUAAUGAAAGUGUUACACUGGAUCAAUACGAAGAAAGUGUUUAAGUAUGAGAGUGUAUUGAUUCACAAUUAUGGUGAAUACUCAUAUAAGGAAUGGGAAACCAAAUUACAAGAAAGCUUCACGAAAUGUUUUUAUAUACCAAAGAAUAUAGAAGAGGACAAAGGAUAUACUAUUGAGAGUAAAAUAGUCAAUAAGAGAGAGAUCUAUAAAGACGUGUUUGGCUCGGCAAAGAAGUGGCCGGACUAUCAAUUACGACCAAACUUUUUGAUUGCACUUGUUGAAGCGCCUUCGCUCUUUAUCAACCACUUGGAAGACGCUAAAAGUGCACUGAAAACAACGCGAAAAUAUUUGGUAGGACCUCUUGGGAUGAAAACAUUGGACCCAACGGAUUGGAACUAUAAACCAGACUACUACAAUGAAGACUGCGAUGAUUUUAAUACAGCAAAUGGAUUGAAUUAUCAUAACGGACCGGAAUGGGUAUGGCCAUAUGGGUAUUAUGUCAUGGCAAUGUUGAUGUAUAACCCUGACAAUUUGGGAAAGGAAGAGCUCAAGACGUACUGCAGAUCACUCAUGUUCAAUCAUUUCAAAUACAUGAAAGAAGAUCAAUGGAUGAGCUUACCGGAAUUAACAAAUGGAAAUGGAAAGACGUGCUUCGCAUCCUGUGCAUCUCAGGCUUGGAGUGUCGCCACUAUCAUCGACGCAGUUAAGAGAAUCGAGGAGCUUUAA